AUGCCUUCUCCUUUCCCCAAACCAGGACUUCGAGUCUUUACAUUGCUACUACUACACUUUACAUAUAUGACCCACGCAACUCCACUCCAAUACAACAACGCAUUGCGUAUCCUGCACCGCCAAAACCCCACUCCCCCAGACCUAGACCCUUUUUACUCAACUCCGCCUGGACUCAAUGUCUCGUCCCCAGGAGACAUCCUGCGCUACCGCCCCGUGCCAUACCCAAUCGCCGCAUUCAACACCACCGUCCUGAACCUAGCCGCAGCAUUCCACAUCCAAUACCGAACGACUGACAGCCUCGGGAAUCCCGAAGCAGCCAUGACAACCCUACUAAUCCCCCUCAACGCCGACCCCGCGAAACUGCUCUCCUACCAGAUAGCCGAGGAUUCCGCAUUCCAGUCCUGCGCUCCCUCCUUCGCGCUGCAAAAGAUGUCCGCUUCAAACGUCACUAGUUCCAUCGAGCUGGCGUUCAUCGAAGCAGCGUUGAACAAGGGCUGGUACGUCGUCACGCCGGAUUUCGAGGGCCCGAAAUCAGCGUACGUAGCUGGUCCACAGGCCGGACACGCGGUUUUGGAUUCGCUACGAGCGGUGAUGCAAUCCACGGCUUUUUCAAACAUCACGGAGGAACCGAGGACUGCGUUGUGGGGGUAUUCGGGUGGUGCUUUUGCGAGUAAUUGGGCGUUGGAAUUGCAGGCGAGUUAUGCGCCGGAAUUGAACUUGGUGGGUGCUGCGACGGGAGGGACGAUCAAUAACAUUGCUGGUGCUUUCAGCGCGAUCAAUAACGGGAUACUGGCUGGUCUUAUCCCAACUAGCUUUAUGGGUCUCGCAGCCGCGUAUCCUGAUUUCUCGGAAGCCCUGGAGGAGGAAUUGGUACCGGAGACUGCAGCGACUUUCAAGACGGUGUUGACGGAAUGUUCGUCGGGCGAUUCGAGCGCCUUUACUGAACAAGACAUGCUCUUGUACUUCAAAACCGGCGCUGCGUUUCUAAAUACAAGUAUAGUGCAAAGCACGCUCGAUAAAGUGAAUAUCGGGAAACACGUGCCUAUUACACCGCUGUAUAUCUAUAAAUCUAUCAACGAUGAGAUUAGCCCUAUCUCUGAUACAGAUGUGUUUGUGGAUUUCUACUGUGAGGGUGGAGCGGACGUGGAAUAUAGGCGCGACGAAUUGUCCGGGCACAUCACGCUUGCUAUUACGGGGGCGGGAGAGGCGUUGGCGUGGUUGGAGGAGCGGAUGGCGGGGGUUGCUGUUCAGAGUGGAUGUAGGACGACGAGUGUUGUGUCGACGCUGUUGGAUCCGGUUGGUGUGCUGGCGUUGGGGGAUAUUGUUGUGGGGGCUUUGCUUGGAUAUCUUGCUGGGAUGUUGGAGUCUUUGAAAUAA